AGCAUUACUCAAUCUUUGUUCCGUGCAUCCCGUGAGAAUUAGUAAUAUAUAUGGCGAAUUGGUCUUGAAUCUUAUCUCCCUAACAGCAAUUCUGCAGAGUUUAUGUUGUUCCGGAGGAGUUAUAUUUCCUUGGAAGGCGAAUCUGACCCUCAUUGAACCCUUCGGAACUGCCUCAGAAGUAGAAGAACAAGAAAAGUCAAGACCAGCAGUUCAAUCCCACCGCGCGUCGCGUAGAUGAAGAUCUUCCAAAGUCGAUCACUCCCCAUCCCAUCUCUUCACGAUCCACAAUUGUAACUAACAUUGACGGAGAACCAAGCUAAGAUUGUAGAGUUAACAGCUUUUGAUUGGUGCUGCGAGGAUGAUGAACACAUCUGGGACUAAUGGUUUGUUGGCGUUAUCGUCUACAUCGGGGAAUAACACGCAAUCCCCUGGUCUGAAGACGCAUUUCAAGACUCCAGAGGGGAGGUAUAAGCUUCAGUAUGAGAAAACUUACCCUGCUGGCCUUCUUCACUAUGGCCAUGGCAAGACCGUUACUCAGGUAACCCUAGCUCACCUUAAAGACAAGCCAAUGCAGACACAAUCACAGUUAUCAACUUCUGGGACAAACAGUAGUGUUAGGUCUGCAGCAGCAAGGUUGUUAUUGGGUGGUGGAAAUGGGAGUAAGGCACUUAGUUUUAGUGGCUCUAAUGGCGGAAGUAAGUCCGUUAGUGGGAUGAGUACUAGAAUUGGAUCAUUAGGUGCUUCAAGCUCAAAUCAGUGUGUAGGGAAUUCAAAUUUCGAUGGUAAGGGAGAUUACUUGGUGUUCAACGUUGGUGAUGCAGUAUUUAUCUCUGACUUGAACUCUCGUGAUAAGGAGCCUAUAAAGUCGAUACAUUUUAGUAAUUCAAACCCCAUCUGCCAUGCUUUUGAUCCAGAAGCUAAGGAUGGUCAUGAUCUUCUUAUUGGUUUAACAUCUGGGGAUGUUUAUUUAGUGUCUUUGAGGCAGCAAUUGCAAGACAUUGGAAAGAAGCUUGUUGGAGCACAGCAUUUUAACAAAGAUGGCUCUGUUAACAACACCCGUUGUACUAGUAUUGCAUGGGUGCCUAAUGGUGAUGGAGCUUUUGUUGUGUCUCAUGCGGAUGGAAGCUUUUAUGUCUAUGACAAGAGUAAGGAUAGUUCAAGUGAUCCUUCAUUUCCAGUUAUUAAGGACCAUACCCAAUUUUCAGUGGCACAUGCACGCCAUAGUAAGAAUCCUGUUGCCAGGUGGCAUAUUUUUCAAGGUGCAAUAAAUAGCAUUGCUUUCUCAACAGAUGGGACCUAUAUUGCAACUGUAGGGAGAGAUGGCUACUUACGAGUAUUCGACUACAGAGGUGAACAACUUGUAUGUGGUGGGAAAAGCUAUUAUGGUGCACUAUUAUGUUGUGCUUGGAGCAUGGAUAGUAAAUAUAUACUAACGGGAGGAGAGGAUGACUUAGUUCAAGUUUGGAGUAUGGAUGAGCGGAAGGUUGUAGCAUGGGGAGAGGGACACAACUCAUGGGUGAGUGGCGUGGCCUUUGAUUCUUAUUGGUCAGCACCUAAUGCAGAUUGCUCAGGCGAAAAUGUUGUCUACCGGUUUGGUUCUGUUGGCCAGGACACACGAUUGCUUCUAUGGGAUCUGGAAAUGGAUGAGAUUGUGGUCCCAAUUCGACGCCCUUCCAGCGGAUCACCAACACUCAGUACAGGAAGCCAGUCUGCCCACUGGGACAUGGCAGGUCCUGUGGGAUGCUUACAACCCGCUCCAAGCAUGCGUGAUGUCCCUAAGCUGUCACCUUUGGUUGCCCACCACGCUCACACCGAACCGCUAUCCAGUUUGUUAUUCACGCAAGAAUCUGUUGUCUCCAUUUGCAGAGAAGGGCACAUUAAGGUUUGGAGGAGACCGGGAUUUGGUGAAAGCCCGACAAGCAACUCUGCUGCAGAUGCUUUAUUAUUGAAGGAAAAACAACAACCAGUUUCGAGUAAGGUGGGUAGUUUGAAUGUCAAACAGUAGCCAUAUGGAUGGAUGCAUGAUGACAUAACUCGCACUGGGACAUACAUUUCGGGGAUGCACGCCAUCAGUUCAGAAGAGAAGCGGGCUCAACCCAACCCCCUUGUAAUUAUGAGAAGGGUUGUAAAAAAGGAGUAAAGUUUUUCGAUGAGCAGCAGCGGCGGCAUGGGGAAAAUAAUUACUCAUAAUAAUAUAGGUACUAGGACACACUCUUUAUGUAGUUAGAUAAUCUGGAUUUUAAUAUUAAGCUCUGGCUAUGCGAUUAUUAGCAAGCAGAAUUUUGCUUCGGGUUUUGCAUUAUUAGGUACCAUAGUAUCUGUUAAAAAAUAUGUUCUUUUUUUCCUUUUAAAAUGGUCAUAUAAUAAAUCAUACCGAUGCCAUUAAUGAUUAUCUUUCCAUCUCCAGUUCAUCAGUUUCGC